AUGUGGGACGACUUACAUGGAAGCCGGUUGAUUUUUGUCAUCUCUCUCUUGACUGCAUUAUGUUUCAUGUUGAUUGGGUAUGAUAACGGAGUAAUUGGAGGGCUUACGAAUGCUCCCGCAUGGAAUAGAACAUUUAAUAGCCCCACGGGCACCGAACUGUCAACAAUAGUUGCUUCUUACGAAAUUGGAUGUUUUGCUGGUGCAAUCUUGGCCUUCGUAGUUGGAGAGAGGCUGGGCCGGAAGAGGAGCAUAAGACUGGGAGCCGCCUGGAUGGUCGUCGGUGCCGUCCUACAGGCCUCAGCUUUUGGACGUCCCCAGUUAAUUGUUGGAAGGAUUUUGAGUGGGAUCGGCAUGGGUUGCAUUAAUUCGACUGCACCAGUUUUGCAAGCUGAGAUUAGCCCCAAAGCUACCAGAGGACAAUAUGCAUGCGCUCAACUUUCCACUCUCAACUUCGGAAUAUUUCUCAGCUACUGGAUAGACUACGGGAUGACCAAACACUUUUCAGGCUCUGUUUCUUUCAGGUUCCCAAUCGCUUUGCAACUGGCGAUGAUCAUUCCGAUAUUUAUGUUCACCUUUGUAAUCCCCGAAUCGCCUCGAUGGCUUUUCUUUCACGAUCGUUCGUCUGAGGGGAUGGAGGUACUGUUACGGCUAGAAGAAGCAGAUGUCGACCCCGAAGAUCCCGUCUUACAGGCUAAGUUCAAGGAGAUAGAAGCCACCGUGUUAUACGAAAAAUCUAUUCAAGUCAAAGGUUACAGGGAAUUAUUCAGGAACGAUGGCUCCAGCUCUCGGAAACGAUUGUUGAUUGCAUGCUCAGUGCAGUUCUUCCAACAACUCGGAGGUAUCAAUGGUAUCAUUUACUACGCCAACUUUAUCUUCUCAAGCUCUUUGGGCUUUUCGGCCAAUACUGCCAGUCUUGUGUCAGGAGUCCUAUUCACUUGGUUCUUUCUUGCAUCUUUCAUUCCAUGGUUUUUAAUCGACACCGUCGGUCGCCGGAAGCUUUUAAUCUCUUCCGUUCUCUUCAUGGGUUCUAUCUUUGCAGUAUUAGCAGGGGUCGUCAAGCAAAUUGAAGAAAGACCCAACGACUCUUUCGUUUACGGCGUGGUUGCUGCGAUUUUCUGCUUCUUGUAUCUCGGGGCCUUCACCACUGGGUUCCAGGCAACCGUCUGGGUUUAUCCUCCUGAGAUUCUUCCAAUCCGGAUUCGAGGAAAAGGAACUGCUCUAGCCACCGCAUGUAAUUGGAUCAUCAAUUUUGCCGUUGUUCAGGUUUUUCCGCCCGCAGUCGACAAAAUUGGCUGGAAAACGUACCUCAUUUUCAUGUGUUUCAAUUUUUCAUUUGCGCCGAUUAUGUACAUUUUCUAUCCGGAGACGAAAGGGAAAUCGCUUGAGGAAAUCGACCUGCUCUUUGGAGAUGGUGUCAGUGCGGACAUUCGUCACCAAAGUAUCUCCCAAUUGGCUUCCCCGAAACCGAUCGAAUCUUCGCUGCCCAUGGGCUACCCGGAGAGCCGAAAAAGUACCACCCUCCUCGACCUCGAAGUUUGA